UUUGCUUAGUCUACAUCAUUCCAGUUUGGGACGCGUCCUCUUCAAUAUAAGCAAAAUGAAGUACAUUCUAGUCGCCCUCGUUGCAACCAUUGCGGUGGUGAAGGCUCAAGAAACUUAUGGAACCCAGUAUGAUAAUGUAAACGGGGAGGCUAUCGUUUCCGACGAUCAGCAGUUCCAAAGUUUCGUCGACUGUUUCAUGGGCGCCGCUACAUGCAACGAACCCGCCGCUGCUUUUAAAAAGGUUCUACCUGAAGCAAUUGUGCAAGCUUGUGCCAAAUGCAAUCCAGCGCAGAAGCACUUAGUAAGGGUUUUCUUAGAAGCCUACUCGAAGAAAAUGCCCCAAGAGUAUGAAAAGUUCAAAGACUUAUUUGAUCCUGAAAGAAAAUACUUCCCUAAAUUCGAAGCGUCUGUUGCUGGAUUUUAACUAUGAAAUGAAUGG